AUGGACAACGAUGACCUCGUCCUCCCGACUCCCAGCAGUUUCCCUACAUUCCCAUACGAUCCACCGUAUUCGAUACAGACAGACUUGAUGCGCCACGUCUAUACGUCCAUCGAGAAGAGGCAGGUCACCAUUGUGGAGAGUCCUACGGGCACUGGUAAGACGCUAAGCCUACUUUGCUCGAGCCUGUCAUGGCUCGUGGACGAGAAAGACCGCGCACGCGAAGGCCAGCUAUUGCAGCAGUCUCUCCCAAGUGCCGUUGCAUCAGAGCCAUCAUGGGUGGCAGCUCAGGCUCUCGAUAUUCGGAAGCGCGAGCUGGAGUCAGAGGAUCAAGAAUAUGAGGAACGCCUCACCAAAGCUCGGAAGACCGAGGCUCAUUUCCGUAUGCUGGCUCGGGCUCGGGUUACCAAGAAGCAACGGAUGGCAGGCGAUCUUACUCAUGACCACCUUCAAGAGGACGCAUAUCUUCCGGACGAUGACUGUGAAGACAGCCAAGAUAACUUCUCCCCCGCCGUUCGAGCUCUAAUGGCAAAAAUUGACAAGAAUAAUAAACGUGAUCCAGCCUCUCAAGGAGACGAGCCGUCCUGCACAAAGAUAUACUAUGCUUCUCGCACGCAUUCACAACUUUCACAGGUCCUGCCUGAAUUAAGCAAACUCAAGUUCAAGCAUCUCGCCUUGGGCAAUGCUGUUCCAGAUGCAGGAAACUUGUCCCGAGCUAGUCACGAUCAUUGCUCCCUAAAGAAACGGGACAUCGAGGAUGUAGGCGAUGAUCAGUGCGAAACGGAUCAGCGUCAGUGGCGGACCGUAUCCCUUGGAUCUCGCAAACAGUUAUGUAUCAACGAGGACGCAAAGUCAAGGUCAGGUGAUAUCGACGAGAAAUGUCGCGAAUUAAUGGAAGGGAAGCAAAACAAACGGUGUCAAUAUUUGCCACCAGCGAGUGAUGAUACCCGCAUGCUUGAUCUGCGAGAUCAGAUUCUGGCAUUUCCGAAAGAUAUAGAAGAUCUUGCGACUGCUGGGCAGAAUAUGCAGACUUGCCCUUAUUACGGAUCUAGACGAGCGAUACCUCAGGCAGAGCUUGUUACUCUGCCCUAUAACCUGCUGCUGCAGAAAACUGCCCGAGAAGCCCUGGGCAUCGACUUAACUAACCAGGUUGUCAUCAUUGAUGAAGCGCAUAACUUGAUACCAACUCUAUUAUCACUUUCAAGUGUCCGCCUGACAUCCGAUCUCCUGUUGACCUCAUUAAAACAGGUCUCAGUGUACUAUCAAAAAUUUCGCAAUCGACUGUCUGCGAUGCAUGCAUUGCAUCUGAAGAGGCUUAUUGGAUUCCUGGAUGCAUUUCGAAAGGUAGUAAUGGAUUGGAUGGCCGAGAAAUCGAAUGCCAAAUCCAGAAGACAAGAUACUGAAGUGGUGACCGUACCAGAUUUCAUCCACAGGCUCGGGCGAAAGAUCGAGGGUAUUAAUCUCCUGGAGAUCGAGUCGUAUCUGAAGCGCAGCAAAAUAGCGCGGAAGAUCUCGCGCUAUGCUAUUGAUGUUUCUGAGGGGUACAAUAUUAUCACUGAUUUUGUAGACGAGAAGCCCAGGAAACACCCAUCGAGUGUGGGCACGCCGCCGCUGCAUACGAUUGAAGCAUUGAUGCUGGGACUGGCGGGGGCAAGCGAAGACGGUCGACUGAUCUUCUCAAUUAUCGGAGAUGCUGUCGAGAUCAAAUACCAGUUGCUGAACCCAUCGGCGUUAUUCCGCGACGUUGUGGAGGUGGCACGCUCAGUUGUGCUUGCUGGUGGGACCAUGUCACCAAUAUCUGCUGUGGUAUCCGAGCUUUUUACCUAUUUGCCUCAAGACAGGCUCUCGACUUUCUCCUGCGGUCAUAUCAUUCCUGCAUCUAACGUGCAGACAUUGCUGCUCACGAGAGGGCCUUCGGGCUCGGAUCUGGAGUUCAAGUUCGCGCAGCAGAGCGAUCGGCAAGUCGUUUCCGAGUUGGGUCAGAUCAUAUUGAACUUCUGCAACGUCGUGCCUGGAGGAAUGGUGGUCUUCUUUCCUUCCUAUGCAUCAUUGAAUUUCGCAAGAGAGGUUUGGAGUCAAAGUAGAUUACUGGAUAAAUUCGGUGUGAAGAAGAAAGUCUUCUUGGAACCUCGGGAGAGCUCAGGAGUUGAAACGAUUCUGCGAGAGUAUGCUAUAGCUGCCAAAACACAUGUAGAUAAGAAGACUGGCGCGGUACUAUUUGCAGUUAUCGGCGCCAAGCUCUCAGAAGGGCUGAACUUCUCGGAUGAUCUCGCUCGUGCUGUUGUUGUGAUUGGGUUACCUUUUGCCAACAAAAAUUCUCCAGAGCUGCAGGAGCGGAUGCGGUAUGCAAAUCAAGUAGAGUCACGAUCUGGGGUAAAGAACCAUGCUGGUGGCAAAGACGCAGCAGCCGAAAUGUAUGAGAAUAUGUGCAUGAACGCAGUCAAUCAGAGUAUAGGCCGAGCCAUUCGACACCGCGGGGACUGGGCUUCCCUCGUACUUAUUGAUCGACGGUUCACGUCGGCCGCGAUUCGCAGGAAAUUACCACAAUGGCUAAGAGACGAUGUGACAACCUGUGAGACUUUUGGCCAGGCGAUGAAGCAUCUAGGAAAUUUCUAUCGAGAGAAGAGACAACGUACAAUAUUGUAA